CCAUGAUAAUUCUCUCUAUUUCCAGCCUUGAAUGAGCCCACCAUUGACUACGGCUUCCAGAGGCUACAGAAGGUCAUCCCCAGACACCCAGGAGAUCCCGAGAGGUUACCUAAGGUAAGUGGCACGCCUCAUAGGACACCAAGGAGUACAGCAUCCCCUGUUGUUACUCCAAAGACCACCCAGACUUCAGACUGCCAAAUAUCUGAGUUUAUAAACCUGAUUUGUUAGAUUUGGAUUAAUUCGUUCCAUUCAAUGUGAACCUGGCCCUAAGAACAGGCUCUGAUGCCAAGGGGCACAUUGUUCUUAUAACUCGUACAAUUGGAAACAGGUGUUCCUGGUCUGGUUGUUUUUAGGUUUGAGGUAGCAACAGCCAUGCAUAUGCAAAGUCACUUAUACAUACAUGUACACAUGAGUGUAUGCAAGGCUCAACACUGCCUUUCAGACACACAUGAUCAAUAUUUGUGCACGCACCCACGCACACACUCAGGCACAGACUCAGGUAGGGCCAAGAACACAAGCAGCCGUCAGGUGUCCUGGGCGGUUUGCCGCCUGGUUAGUAUGAAAAGAUUAUUUUCCCCCUAAAAGGAGCUGCACUAAAUGAGUGAGAUUCUUUUGGGCAGGGAACUGCUGUAAAGGGGGAUAUGAUCAGAUGGGGCCUGACAGUCUAAAGCAGCUGCCAAAUUGAAACCAUUUAUCAAAAUCUGACAUCUGAGAUCCAGUCACCAAAAAAGUAGUUUAUUUGUAAAUUGAUACUAAUAGUGAGCAUAUAUUGUCUGGCCCCUUUGAUGCCCUGAUUUGUGGCAGAGGGAGAAUGUCCCCAUCAGCCUUUAUAUAUUUAUUUAUUCAAAAGAAACUCAAUAUGCAAAUAGAUUUUCCUCCGUCUUCCGUCCAGCCGCGAGCUUUCCCUGCAUUUUAGACAGAAGGAAAUAACAACAAGACUAACACCUUAAAGCUUGCCAUUCAUGAAGUACUUCAUUGCUCUCACCCAAUGUGACUUGUCAGGACAGACUCACACAAUCACUCGGGAACAGUUACGUUGACAUUUCAUCCCUUUGUUAUCCUCUCUCCUUUCCUUUUCUUGUAGGACAGAAAGGUUGGCCAGGAGCGAUAGUAGAAUGUUUGUCUCUUAGGCAGGGAGCAAAGCUCCCCCAAGCUACAUCAAGAGGCUAUAGACACCAAACCUUGGUAUUGGAACCACUUAAAGUCAAAUUGAAUUAUUAUUUUUUUUAACAGGAAGCAACAGAGCAAGUCUAGAAGGGUGGGAAUAAGAGGGAUUCCAUGUAAAUAAUGAUAGGAGGGAAACACUAAGAUAGGAAAACACUGGCCGUCGUUCCUCUAGGCUCCUUUGGUUUUCGUGUUUCCUUUGUAGCCGAUAAACCCCUGUUUAGUUAUUAGAUUAGGAGGUUGGCGGCCACACUUCUCCAACGAGCCGGUCUCAGAGCUGGAACCCUAGCCUCAAUGAGCUGGAACCCUAGCUCCAGUGAUGGACAGACAGACCAGACUGGUGCUAAAGCAUGGCCAACUGGUCACUGAUGACCUCGGAGGCUGGGGCUGGAUCAGGUUCGCCUCUAAUUUCAUUUCCAGUCUGCCUUGGCUGCAAGCGGACACUUCCCUGUCCAGAUCUAUAGAGGAUAUGUGGAACGGGUUCAAGCUCUAGCCUCCCCUCAUUGCUCAGCAUGGGAGGCAGCAGCAUAUUUUUGCGAGCGCCGCUCCAUUCCAGGACCUUUGCAGUAGAAGACCCAGACCCAUUCCCAGGUCACGGCAAGUUUAACGGCCUAUGAAUCCUCUUAAAUAGACACCUGGAUGGUGAUGCAUUCCUUACAUGUGGAGGGCCUAUUUUCCUAAGAUACGGCCAUAAGGGAGGCCUGUUUUGAUACAGAGCAGACAAACAAAUGGAGACUAAGCUAAAAAGUAAACCGAGGUGAAGAGUUUGUGUUAAGGGCAAAAAAAAAUAUGUUCAGGUCUCAUAUGAUCUCGGAGAUUAGAUGUGUUUUCCACCUGUUUGGCCAUUACGUUGGAAUUAACUGCCAGGGUUAGGGGCCAAUUGUAUUUGAAUGCAAUAGUUAGUGCUGGGCUGGAAUAAAAGCCUGCACACCCUGUAGCUUUUCAGUACCUGAGCUGUGAGUGUGCACCCCUGAUCUAGAUGAUGUACUGAAGAGAUCAAUGUCGGGGUAUGGUGUGGAAGCAGUAGCUAGCCAUAGCCUUUCCUGUGUGUUGUAGCUAGGUGGCUAUGGGACGACUGUGCAGAGCCAGGCUAGGGGUGAUUUAUCAUUGUUAAGGGACCUGUCGGAUGGCUUCUUCUCCUGGGUCAGCUGAUCCCUUCUCUCCGGGCACCUCUCGAACCAGGGAGCCAUCCUCCCAUAAUUGAGCCCCUGGAAAGCAAUGGAAGAAAAUACGAAAAAAAUAAAGUGGAAUAUGUCUGGAGACAGACGCAAGGAGGACUGGGGCGUUGGGGGCCAGGGGCAGGGGCUGGGGCUCAGGGGGGUUGGGUUAGGUGAGGUGGGUAAAAGAGAUUCAACUACAUGAAGUAUGAUAAAGGUGCAUUCCAUAACUUUUCCACAUGAAAAUAGCACUUAUUAAAGGAAUGUAUAUCUGUAAUAGUAAAGAAAUUCAAUUCCUUGAGAGAAAUACCUUUUCGUUACUUGUCACUCACCAUUUAAAAAUUACAGUCGAGGAGAAGUGAAAUAGACAGGGUUUCAAGUCGAUAGGUAAUUAAUUGUAAUUUAACUUAUAGAUUUUCUCAAAUUCAAUGAAUCAAUUGGAGAGAAAAAUCCUAAUAUAAAAUGAUCUGCAUUUUUCAACUCAUGAAUCAAAUUGGAAUUCAUUUCCUCAAUCGACCUGACUUGAAGAUGACACUCUUUCAUAUCUCGCUCUUUCAUAUCGUUCUCCUUGUGAGUUAUUCCACCUGGAGCUCUGAAGUACCCUUAAGACAUCCACUCUCUAGAUGUGUGGUCUGUCGCUCCAGAAUGCUGGAUGUGACUUUCCCUCUUGGCCCUGAGACAGACGAGAGUAGAGCAUGGUGGAUGAAAUGAUUUCCCCCUCUGUCUGAGGUCGUAAAACCUGUUUUUCCCCCAGUCUAAGUCAUCAGUGUAGAGGUUUCCAGGAUAGGGGCUGGGAACAGACUCAUCCUACUCUCACAGAAGGAGGGAGUCUCUUGUUGGGCCAACUUCUUAUCCCUUACUGGCAGUAGACCCACUGAGGAUGAAGGAGAGAACACUCCCCCCCCCCCCCCCCCCCCCCCCCCCCCCCCCCUCUCGCUCUCUGUCUGUCUCUCUGUCUCUCUCUCUCGCUGUCUCUCUGUCUCUCUCUCGCUGUCUCUCUCUCUCACUGUCUCUCUCUCUCUCUCUUUGUGUCUGUGCAAAGUGCUUGCAUGCAUGUGCGAGUGUGUGUUUUCUGUAUGCUGAGAGUUUACCAUCACAGACUGUACAUUACUCCUCUAUGGUUAGAAUUCAGUGUAAAACAUUGUACUAGAGUAUUCAGUGCAUUUCCAUGCAAUUUUCACUUUCAGUGAGUCUUUCAACCCUUGCAUAUUCCAUGUUAUACGUUUAUUCAUAUUGCAAAUGGGUAAUUCCAAGAAUCAAGAUAUUACCUUUAUAUUUAAUUUAAGUGACACUCACACUUUAUACUAGUACUAAACCAGCAUUUUACACACCAUGGACACUUCCAUAGUAUCUUCAUCUGCCGAAUCUCUCAGUUCAUUGGCUGAGGUGAAUUAUUGAAUGAGCCGACACGCUGCUUCUAACCCUCCAUCCCUCUUUCCCUCCGUCCAUCUCUGAGAGGAAGUGCGGAGCGGCCUGACCCCCCCCAGAGAUGUGGGCCAGUGAUAAGAGAUUAUGAUGAUAACUGGGAGAUAGUGCAUUACAGUAUUGAUUGUGUUAAAACACCCGCGCUCUGAUUGCCGGCAUUUGCGCUGACAGGAAUCCAAUGGCGCUGUCUCUCCGCGCCACUAAAGGGAGGGGUGUGUGUGCAUGUGUGUGUGGGUAUAUGGGUGUAGGGAGGGUGAGUUUGUAUGUGGAUAUGUGUGUAUGUGUGUGUGUGGUAUGGUUCACGGCAAGGCAGUGCAUCGCCCAUAUCUCACCUCCACACACACAUGCUUCACACCCCCACCCCAACAGCUACAGUAUCAGGCCCAGGCAUAGAUAACCCUCACUGUUAUGUCGCAAAGUGCUGUGAUGUAUUUCCAAUUGUCCAAGUCAAGUAACAUGAAAUGAAAUGAGGUUCUUACGAGAGACGGCCUGUUCUUCGUUGGUUACCCUUUGUUGUUAUUGUUAAGAGAUAAUUAGCUAAAGCUAGCCAUCAGUGAGCUGAGGAAUUUCUGUACAUAGCGAACAGCUUUACUUAUUCUACGGUAAUACUCUGGAGCAGGAUUUCCCAAACUCGGUCCUGGGGCCCCCCCUGGAUGCACUUUUACCCGGGGGGGGGGGGGGGAGGGGGGGGGAAUCCCUGCUCCGGAGAAUGUACUCCAAAUAGUAUUUUCUUUGCAUUUGUUUGAGAGAUUCUGGUUAGUUAGGGCAGUUGUUCUUAGGAUCAGAAAAUGGCCUCACACUUCAAACAAUUGAACACACAAACACACACACAAACACACACACAACACACACACAAACACACACAACACACAAACACACACACAGAGUAGCACCAGCGAGUAGUAAAGCCUGGAAGGCGUCAUUAACUUGAGAAGGCUGUUGUGUCUGUCAUCGCCUAAUGAAAAUACAAGAAGAGAGACCGACUGUGGCAAACACACACACACCAGUGUGUAGAGGCAGGAAUGUGUGUGUGCUAAUGUUUGUGAGUGCAUGUGCACUAACACGUGUGUGUUUGUGUAUGUGUGUGUCCGUACGUAUUUGUGUUUGAGGCGGCAGGGCGGGAGGGGGUUGCCAAAGUUCCCUGUGGCAGGCAGGGUGUUGCAGCCGCCAAGCCUCAGAGACAUUAACUAACUUCUGUUUUAUAAUGGAGAUUAAUGAAGCGAGCGCAUGCCAGAGGGGAGGAGAGAGGAUGAGAGGGUAAAGGAUGAGAGGAGAAGAGGAGAGGAGGGGUCUGAGACACUCCUCACAGUGGUAGAUAUGUUGGCAGUGCCAGGGUGUGACAGAUUGUGCCCUCUCUCAGUGGAUAGAGGUUUGGGCGUAGGGACUGGGGGUGGGAUAGAGAUUGACAGGAGCUAUAUUGCUUGGUUGCGGUGGGGGUAGCGGUGUGUGUGUGUCUGUGUGACUUUGUGCCUGCAGGAUAGCUGCGGGGUCAGUAGGAGUGUUGGGGUAGGCAGGUGGGUCGGCAUGCUCACCAAGGAGAGGCACAGAGGAAGGGCACAUUGGCAAGGUGGAUCUCAGAUAGAUGUGAAACAUAAUUUGAUCACUCUUUUGUUACUGAGAAAUGGAAACUUUAGUGUAUUUCAGGUUUAAAAAAGCUUCUAAAGUUUGUAAUUUCCGCUUUUUGCCCUAACGAAAAAUGUUAUCAAGCCUUACAAAAAAUGUCCAUUAUUUAUAAUCCACAUAAUAAUUCACCAUUCCUGUUGCUGCAGGAUUAUUUUCCUACUGUAACAAACUGUCUCAAAUUAAGAUCCUACAUCUGUACACACGCACGAAUGCAAACACACAUACACACACACACAAACACACACAUAUGUUCACACAUGGUCUUUAUAAAAAAAAAUGUGCACAUGGUAAAAAAAAAAACUCUACUAAUAUGUUCAUAAAACAAGUGAAUCUAAUUUCCUUUUAAGCAUAUAUUCUGGAGAGAAUAUAUUAAGUAAAAACGCACACACCCCUUCCUCACUGUAACUCAAGUCAGUACGCCUGCCCAUCAGCACGCCUGCCCAUCAGUACGCCUGCCCAUCAGUACGCCUGCCCAUCAGUACGCCUGCCCAUCAGCACGCCUGCCCAUCAGUACGCCUGCCCAUCAGUACGCCUGCCCAUCAGUACGCCUGCCCAUCAGCACGCCUGACCAUCAGCACGCCUGCCCAUCAGUACGCCUGCCCAUCAGUACGCCUGCCCAUCAGUACGCCUGCCCAUCUGGGCAGAUGGUUAUUCCUCAGGCUGAUUCGAACUGAAUUAUUUUUCCUGAGGUCAUAUUUUGUCGUGGGAAAUGGGGGACAGAAAGGAAAGCGCAUCCUCCUGGACUCUUACCCUGUCAAACACUGAACACAGGGCCAACAGUGAGGGAAUAUUUAAAUGAUUAAACGACAAGAAAAAAAGUUCUUCCCAGAUACAUGUUCACCACAGCACUGCACAUUUCCUUUGACAGCGUUUUAGGUCAAGUUAAAAUAUAUAUAUUUUUACAACACAAGGAAAAGUCUAGAUGUGUUGUAGGAACCAAUCAGACUCCAGACAAGCAGACAGAGGCCCCUCCUCGUUGUAAUACCCCAGAGACCUCCAGCAGAGGCUCCCACAACACCAGCUCUCAUCCCCAGAGCCCUGGAAACAACAACCAACCCAGCCCUCCCCACCUCACUCACUCCUCCUCUCCUCUCCUCUCCUCUCCUCUCCUCUCCUCUCCUCUCCUCUCCUCUCCUCUCCUCUCCUCUCCUCUCCUCUCCUCUCCUCUCCUCUCCUCUCCUCUCCUCUGCUCUCUCAUUCCUCCAGUUAAAAGGCACAGGGCCAUGUGUGAAUGUGUGAGUGUUUGUCCCCCCAUUUAGCCCAGGCGAGUGUCAGCAGACCCUAUUUAUCUAUCUAUCAGGCCUGUUAUUGUUAUUAAGAGCCAUUGCCACAGCGACCCACUGGGCUGCCGGGGAGAGAUUGGACGCUUCCUCCUCUGGGUGGUGGGAAAACAGCCCGGGGGCAAUGGAGGAGGUGGGGGAGGUGGGGGAUGGAUGAUGGAGGGAGAGAGAGAGAGAGCAGGAGGGAGGGGUGAAUUAGGCAGGGGAAAUUCAAUAAACAGAUGCAAUGUGGCUCUAAUAAGCUGGGGUCUGAAGUGGCGGAUCGGAAGCACCGAAGGCAGUCUGAAAGUGUUAAUGGGUUCCCACCACCUCAGGCUUCUUCCUUCCCUCUUCCCUCUUCCCUCUUCCCUCCAGGGUGCAUCGGCAGCCAUUUUGAUUAGAGGCCUGGUAAAGAUGCCCUCUGAUCAUGACAGUUUGUUAUUAUGUGGUGCCAUGACAAAAUGUGGGCUCUAACAAAAACGUAAACCCCCUGCAAGCAGAGACAUUAGAGCUUGAGAAGGAAGUGGUUGGCCCCAAUACUUGAGACGUCUAAAUGCUGACUGGGAGAGAGUGUAGUGUGUGUUAGUAAGUGUGCAGCAUGCACGCAUGUGUGUGUGUGUGUGUGUUUGUGAGAGAGAGAAUGGGAGAGUGAAAAUGAGAUGCAGACAGCUGCUUUCUUUGGGUUGUUUAUCACACAUUGGCCUUGCCAUUAAAGCUAAUCUCUGACUUGUACUCUGUAAAACAAUAAUUACAUUUGAAUGCUUUCCCCAUUUUACGACCCCAACUCCCAAAAUCUAUGUCCGACACUUACAGCAACCGAUUUAUAAUUUUCAAACAGAGUUACAGUACAAUAAAAUGAUUUACACUCACUAAACCAAAACAUUCCAGAUUGUUUUACCGGUUACAUGUUACGGUUAAUGUUCUAGGUUUAUACAAGCAGUAAAAUGUUUCUUUACAUUUUUACUAUCAACCAUCAACAAUUUCCAGGAUUCUGAAAUUGUAAUGAGUGUGGAAUCUUUCAUGUAACUCGGUAUCAUACUGUGUUUUUAUUCAAAUGAAUUAUAGUAUACAGUAACGUGAUGUGAUGUCAUUUCAGGAAGUGCUGUUAAAGCGAUCAGCAGACUUAGUAGAAGCCCUGUAUGGAAUGCCCCACAAUAACCAGGUAUGUAAUCAUAUAGAUUUUUAUUGCAGAACUCGUAAUAUGGCUCUCAUUCUUUUAAACAUACCCCUGGCAUUUAUUGAAGUUUUUCCUUUUUGCGAUUUGAACAUUGUGUUUUAGAAUGUCCCUUUUUUAUUUUCUUUGAUUAAUCACAGAUUAAAUUAACAUCACGUUUUAUAUUUAAAGAACAGCCAGGUCACAGGGACCUGGGAGGCCAGGAUAACUACAUCUGUAGUGUCUAGAUGGCAGAAAUAGGCUAAAUGUGCUGACUAGGGAGAAAUAAAGGGUAACAUGGCCCAAAUAAAAGAUAUGAUCAGGUUAAUUUCUGGUCAAAUAAAUAUGCAACACUACAUAUAAAGUCUCUAAACUCACAAUCACCUAUGGUAUUCUCUCCACCUUCCCCCUCUCCCUGUCCCUCCCUCCCCUCAGGAGAUCAUUCUGAAGCGGGCAGCUGACCUGACCGAGGCCCUGUACAGCGUCCCCCGCAGCCACAACCAGCUGCCUUCGCUUAGCGGCUCGGCCGCUCACUCCGGCAUGAUGGGAGUCAACUCCUUCAGCAGCCAGCUGGCCGUCAACAUCUCCGAGGCCUCGCAGGGGGACCAGGGUGAGUGUCACAACCCCCCACCAUGACCCUUCACCGCACGACCCUCACCCUUCACCCUCUGAUCUUCUCACACCUUCUCUGUGUAUUGGUGUCCCCUGUAGAUACGGUAUAUGUUGUAGAUGUAUGCUAGUCCAAUGUUUCUCUUUAACGUAAGCUUCAUGGCUAUCAUCAGUGAAACGUGUGCGUGUGUAUGCUUUUGCAUGCCUCUGUGUGUGUGAGCAUGGACGUGUUUAACUAUACUUGUGGGGACCAACUGGGGACAUUUUGUUAGUCCCCACAAGGUCAAAUGCUAUUUCUAGGGGGUUUAGGGUAAGGGUUAGAAUUAGUGUUAGGGUUAGAAUUAGGGUUAGGGUUAGGUUUAGGUUUAGGUUUAGGGAAUAGUGAAAAUAGGAUUCUGAAUGGGACUGAAUUGUGUGUCCCCACAAGGUUAGUUAUAGAACACUGUGUGUGUGUGUGUGGUAGAGAAGGGGUGUAUGAGAAGGGGAGGUGCUAAUGAGUUAAAAAAUGCAGACGAUGUGGCAUGAAUAAAACAACCAGAGUUUAGACACUGAACACAGCAGCUCGGUCAAGGUUUCAGGGAGCAGAGUGUGUGUGUGUCUCUUUUUUUAGUGUAAGCUUGACAGCACUGUUGCAAGUGUGAAUUCACUAUUUAUACAAUUCCAAAAAUGCAUAAGCAUGUUAUUAUGCAUAUAGUAUAAUGCAAAGCCCUCCACACACGAAGGCACGUAUGCACACACACACACACACACACACACACACAAACACCACUAUCCUAGAGAGGGCUGUUUCCUUUGACAAAGCAGCUUUGUGACUGAUGCACAGGAAAUAGGUCUGAACGUGUGAUGAACAGAUUGGCUCACGUCGGAGCUGAGGAUACAGGCAGAAAGAGGAAAUGCGAGAGAUAUCUAGAGCUGUUUUCUCUCCCCUGACACCUCAGCAUAGUUCCUUCCUCCCUCCCCUUGUCUGCUUUUCACAUCGACCUACAAGAGAACACCUACAGUAAUCUAUGAAGUCAUGGGAACAGGACUGCAGCCAUCAUGAAGAUACAUCAUUUCAUACUGUAUGUCCAUAAUCAUUGGAACAGUAAAACCCAGAAUCAGACUUUUCCCCCUACUGAAACGCCUCUUUCUGCUCCUAGAAAUUACGUACUAUGAUUAAAACAUUAAUAUAGAGGGCGGCUCAUAUGCCAAGCUUUAUGAAAGGAAUGAGGAAUGUAAUUUACUGAAGCAAUUCCAGACGAGGGUUAUGGAUCUGCUUUACAUCACGUUGUGUGCUAAAUGGAUUAUAUCAUUUCUCCUCUGGCAUUUGUCUUCAAACUUGCAUCCACUCCACUUGUUUUACUUUACGUUUACAGUUUCCUCUGGAGCGAAUAGGGAUACUACCCCGGCCCUUGUGGCGCGUCUUGGUCUCAUUGACCUCCAGAGGCUGACCUCGUCAUUGCGUCAGUCAGCGAUAGCUGGAUAGGGUUACUGACUGCUCCCCCUAGGCUAGUCCUUCAUCUCUCCCCCCAACAGUGGAGUGGAGUUGCCUUAACCCUCUCCCCCCCUCUACCACCCCCCAGCUCUUAGUUGAUUGGCCCUCAUCUAGGAUGUAUUGAAUGCUACCUGAGGCACUAUGGGCUCCUAGCCAUCUGGGGGCUUAGAGACCAGAGAAAAAGGUACAGUGUGCUCUCACUUUCUCUCUCUACUUUUUUCCUUGUCUCUCUCUCUCCCUUCCCUCCCCUCUCUCCCCCUCUCUCUUCUUCUCUUUUCUCUCUAUCUCUCUUCCCACUUCCUGGUUUGAGCCAACACAAUUCCCAGCAGUAGAGCAAUUGAUGGAGCGCUACCCUGGGAUCAGGGAGAGUGCAGGCAAUGGGAAACACAUGUCAGGAACAACAGUGGAGGGAGCGGCAGCAGGGACAAUCCCUCUCAAAAGCCAAACCGUGUCCGAUUCAACUCUUCAAUUCAUUGGGGAAACAUGGAAACUUCACACUAUGGUUCCAUUUUAAAAGGCCCUACUCUUACCAAAUCGAAUGAUCACUUUUGACAUAAUAUUUAUUAACCCUUGUUCUGAUUUGAAGUGUAAAUGGAAUUGUGCUCAAACAAGUAGGGGACAGGGGAAAUGCUGCUUCGGGUGGUUUUAGUUCUGGAAGAGAGCAAUGCAAAUCCUGAAUACUCAAUAUUAGAAUAGUAAGAAUAUGGUCCAUGCUUUUAGAGUUUGUCAAUGGAAUACAAAUGUGAUGUUGUUCAAACUGCACUGUGCUGAUGCCAUUAGAUUAACCAUAGCAUUUCCUCCUUUCGUCCAGGUUACUCCCGUAACUCCAACAGCGUAUCGCCCCGUGGCUACGUGCCCAGCUCCACGCCCCAGCAGUCCAACUAUAACACCAUCACGUCCACCAUGAAUGGCUACGGAGCAGGCAUGACCAACCUGGGGGUGCCAGGCUCACCCAGCUUCCUCAACGGCUCCGCUGCCAACUCCCCCUACGCAAGUAAGUACAGCCUUAUUAGGUCUGAAUGAUCAUUAAUAUAUCUGAUUGCAUCUCAAUGCAUCAGGUCUCAAGGCACGUCACAUUCCGUGGGGGGAUCAUUUGGGUAGUUAUAUGUGGUGGGAUAGCAACACACGGUUUCAUUAGGACAGUAGUAUUCUGAUUCAGUCCAGGAGGGAUGCAGUGUCUGCUAGUUAUUCUCAUACUUCCUGUUUACACAGUGAUUGGUUUAGACCUGGGGCACCAAGUGUGUGGACUCACACCAAUUUAGUAUUGAUCGAUUCAGUAGAGGCAAAGAAACAGAACAUACCAGCAUCCACUGCCGUUCUGGAGGACUGGUGUUGAGGACACCUGCUGUAAGAUCUGCAUCGGAAUUCCUCACACACAUCUCACAGAUGACAUCACAGGGAUUCCUCCUCUCUCCCUCAGUGCUAGAACCCUUCAGUGUCUCUGUCCCUGAUCCUUCCUUCUAAUUAACAUGCUUAGAGUCAUGAUUCCACUCUGAGGUUACAGGUGUUUUAGAACUCUAACUGUCACCCACUGGGACUUUUUGAAUAGCUGAUUGUUUUUGGCUACAGCAUCAGAUAUCAAAGUCUCCCAGAGAUGUGUUUAGAGCGUGGCAGACAAAACAAUGCCAGUGUCUCAGUAGUUGUAGAUUUUAUUUAUUUAUUUUAUUUAUUUAACCUUUAUUUCGAUUCUGGAUACUAAAUUGGAUACUAAACUGAAAGUGGGUUUUGGUCUUGCAUUUGAUGUGGAAGGUUAUGUGUUGUCUACUAAAGGGAAAGGUUGGGUUUGUCUGUCUAUACAAUGCAUUGUAAAAGUCUUAAUCUGCUUUGCCUAUACCUUGUUCCAUCUCCUUCAUUACUUACCGCUACUAACAUUCUAACACCCUCAUAGUAUCAUUCAUGCUUUGGGUCAAACCCAUUAUUUUGGAUUAGUAACACAACAUCUCAACUGUGAUGUUACAGAGCAAGUAUAAGUCAAUAGUCCAAGGAAGAUACAACAAAAUAACUAUUCACAUGUAGGGAUACAUACAGUUUGCAUUUUGCCAUCCAUUUUAGAGUUCCAUUUAGAAUUUUUGUAUUUGUGAGAUAUGGGACUAUAAGCUGCUUCAGGGGUUCAUACUUUACUGGAAUCAUAUUUCUUGUGGUAAUAUGCAAUAACUACAGAAACUAACCAAGCCAGUAUGGGGGAGAAGGGGGUAUCAAAUACACUGUGCUUUAAAUAAAAUUGCUUUAUUAUCACACUCAGCAUUUCAUACAUGAACAUUCUACACAGACUGUACACACAUACACACACAUUUUUUUUUUUUUUUACAUGGAUGGAGGUUGCUGCUAUCCUCAAGAACAAGUAUGAAAAAUGUAUGCACUCACUAACUGUAAGUCGCUCUGGAUAAGAGCGUCUGCUAAAUGACUAAAAUGUCAAAUGUAAACAAGGUAUUGUUGUGUCAAGUCUAAAAUGGGCCUUCAAGUUAUGGAUCAACUUUGCAAAUAUUGUGCACCUUUUACUCCGAGCAAGUUACUCCAGACCUUGACCCUUCUUCAGGCAGGCAUCCAUUCCUCAGCCCCCAUGCAUGCCCUUACUGUACAGCUCAUCUCAGUCCACUCACUCACCAACCUCUGUCUGUCUGUCUGUCUGUCUGUCUGUCUGUCUUCUCCGUUAGGAUCUACCACCUCCCCCUCCUCCUCCUACUCCUCCUCCUCCUCCAUCCCUCUGUUCUCCGGUGGACCCAUAGGCCCUUAUUCAUUCUCUCCUGUCCAUAUGAUCUCUGCAGUCAAACAGAAGAGCGCCUUCGCCCCUGUCGUGCGGCCACAGACCUCCCCGCCCCCCACCUGCACCACCACCAAUGGCAGCAGCCUACAGGGUGAGCAUCCCACCCCUCUCCUGCCUCUCAGUCCCGCCCACUUCUGCCUG